AUGUCUUCUCUGGUAGAUGCUGUCGUUGGUUCGGACAAUUUCGGCCUAGAUGCUGCUACUCCCGCCUCGGCAGCAUCCCAAACUCCACGACGUCCCCGCAACCGUUCCUCUUCCAGACCACGAGGCCCGCCGUCCGAGAGCGCUGGCGCAAACAGUGAUGCCGAAGGGUUCCCUGAUGAUGAGGUUGUCGGAGCAAGGGGAACUGCCCGCCGCUCAGCAGGACCGCGAACAGACAUUCCUCGCGUUGUCGAUGUUACGGGAGAGACUCUUGCGCAGAGAUUCGAAGAGUUCCUUGAAAGCUACACAGAAGAGCCUAGCUCAUCGGGCGCGCCGGCAUCGAGUGUCCAAACUACCGACAAGUACUACAUUGCCCAAAUCAAUGGCAUGCGCCAUUACGGCCUAUCUACCCUCUACAUCGACUUCACCCACCUUAUGAGACACGAGGAUGGCGUUGUUGCCAACGCUAUCGCGAACGAGUACUACCGCUUCCUUCCAUACAUGGCCAGAUCCCUCAACAACCUGAUCGCAAAGUACGAGCCGGAAUACUUCAGAGAGCACAGGCAGCCCAACUCGACCUCCUCCGUCGCUGCUACCUCCUCGGCAGGCGACUCUGCAGGCGACGACUCGAAGCAGUCCAGCAAAACGCCCAACCAGCAGACUGACAAGCUCUUCUCGCUUGCUUUCUACAACUUGCCGCUGGUCAGCCGGGUCAGACAGCUGCGGACCUCUUCGAUUGGAAAACUUCUCUCCAUCUCCGGUACCGUCACAAGAACCUCGGAAGUACGCCCCGAGUUGUCGCUGGCCACCUUUGUUUGCGAAGUCUGCAAUGCUGUCGUCCCCAACAUUGAGCAGACUUUCCGCUACACGGAGCCCACGCAAUGCCCUAACUUGACCUGCGGCAACCGUGUUGGCUGGCGAUUGGAUAUCCGGCAAAGCACAUUUGUCGAUUGGCAGAAGGUACGCAUCCAGGAGAACAGUUCGGAGAUUCCCACUGGCAGUAUGCCUCGGACAAUGGAUGUCAUCCUGCGCGGUGAAAUGGUCGACCGUGCGAAGGCCGGAGAGAAGUGCAUCUUCACUGGUACUGCCAUUGUCAUUCCCGACGUCAGCCAAUUCCGCGUUCCUGGAACUAGACCCCAGGCCACUAGGGAUAACACCAACAUGCCUAGGGGUAACGAUGUCGGUGGCAGUGGCGUCUCGGGACUGAAGGCGCUUGGUGUGAGAGAUCUGACCUACAGGAUGGCAUUCCUUGCCUGCAUGAUCACGCCAGAUACUUCAACCCCAGGCCAAAGCGCGACACAGCAACUUCACGGACAGGCCGGCAAUAUUCUCGCCUCUCUGAAUCAGACUGCACCCUCGGAAGUUACGCAGACUGGCGAGGAGGCUCAGGCGGAAUACCUCUCCACUCUUUCGCCAGCCGAGAUCGAGGAUCUCCGCAACAUGGUCCACACCAAUAACAUCUUUAUGCGCUUGGUCGACUCGAUCGCACCCAUGGUUUACGGACACCAAGUUAUCAAGAAGGGCCUUCUUCUCCAGCUGAUGGGAGGUGUCAGCAAGGUCACUCCUGAGGGCAUGGCUCUGAGGGGUGACAUCAACAUUUGCGUUGUCGGUGAUCCCAGUACUAGCAAGUCUCAGUUCCUCAAGUAUAUCUGUUCCUUCCUGCCCCGGGCCGUCUACACGUCUGGAAAAGCUUCUUCUGCAGCCGGUCUCACAGCUGCCGUAGUAAAAGACGAGGAAACGGGAGACUUCACCAUCGAAGCUGGUGCAUUGAUGUUGGCGGAUAACGGAAUCUGCGCCAUCGAUGAGUUUGACAAGAUGGAUAUCGCAGAUCAGGUUGCCAUUCACGAAGCUAUGGAACAGCAGACUAUUUCCAUUUCCAAGGCUGGUAUCCAGGCUACUCUGAACGCUCGGACUUCUAUCCUGGCAGCAGCGAACCCUGUCGGAGGCCGCUACAACAGGAAGACCACCCUCCGGGCCAAUGUGAACAUGAGCGCUCCCAUCAUGUCUCGUUUCGAUCUCUUCUUCGUUGUUCUCGACGAAUGUGAGGAAAGCGUCGACCGUCACCUGGCCGAGCACAUUGUCGGCAUUCACCGUCUCCGCGACGAUGCAGUGCAGCCGGAGUUCAGCACGGAACAGCUGCAACGCUACAUCCGUUUCGCCCGCACUUUCAAGCCCGAGUUCACGCCUGAGGCUAAGACCACCCUCGUUGAGAGGUACAAGGAACUGCGUGCCGAUGAUGCCCAGGGCGGCAUUGGUCGCAACAGUUACCGUAUCACCGUCCGUCAGCUCGAGUCGAUGAUCCGUCUCAGCGAGGCCAUCGCCAAGGCGAAUUGCGUCACAGAAGUUACCCCCGAGUUUGUGCGCGAGGCGUUCAACCUUCUCCGCCAAUCAAUCAUUUCCGUCGAGAAGGAUGAUGUUGAGGUGGAUGAUGAUGACGAGACGGCCGCCGCGAAUGCCGAGGCUGGUGCUGACGCGGAAAUGGGCGAUGCCAACGCUGGAGAGGAGGCCGAGGCCUCUGCUUCUGCAACUCCUGCGCCUCAAAGAGAGAGGAAGAAGAUUACUUACGACCACUACAUGUCUAUCCUGAACACGAUGGUGCGUCGGGUAAACUCGGAUGCCGCUAUAGCUGAGGACGGUGUCGAGGAAGAGGAGCUGCUUGUCUGGUACCUGGAGCAGAAGGAGGCGGAGCUAGAAACACAGAAGGACCUAGAAGAGGAGAGAGAACUGGCAAAGAGGGUGCUGAAGAGAAUGGUCAAGGACAACAUUCUCAUGCAGAUUCGCGGCGAAGGCCUUAUGGAAGAAGGCGAGGAACAGCAGCGUGCUGCUAAGGCGGUAUAUGUCAUGCACCCUAACUGCGCUGUGGAGGAUAUGUAA